AUGAAGACUACCACCUUUGCUCUCGCCUGCGCCGCCUCGGUGUCGGCCCACUACGGUGACGUAUCUUCGAUCUUUGAAUCAUGGGGUGCUGGCACCGUUAGCUACCCCCCAGCCCCGGCCCCUACCACCACCGCUGCCGGUGGACCCGAUAAAGGCGGCGAGGGACAGUGGACGACAAGUACCGUCUACACCACGGCAGUUCACACCAUCACCAGCUGCCCGCCUGCUGUUACCUCAUGCCCGGACCAUAGCACCGUGGUCACCACCGUCACCAUUCCGGUCAGCACCACUGUCUGCCCUAUAAGCUCCGGAGCUCCGGCGCCGCCACCGCCACCUCCACCUCCUCCGGCACCUCCAGCUUCUUCCGGCUCUCCUCCCCCACCUCCCCCUCCUCCUCCUCCUCCGCCACCCCCGGCUCCUCCUGCGUCGUCAGGUGGCCCCCCGGCACCUCCUCCGCCGCCACCCGCACCCCCGGCCUCAUCAGGUGCUCCUCCUGCUCCUCCUGCUCCUCCUGCUCCUCCUGCUCCUCCUGCUCCUCCCGCUUCAUCAGGUGCCCCUCCGGCACCUCCCGCGUCUUCCGGAUCUCCUCCUCCUCCGCAGCCUCCCGUCAGCACUGGCACUGGUGCUCCUCCAGCCCCUCCCGCUUCAACUCACCCCUCGCCUGGCAACCCAACCAGCUCCGCUGCUCCGCCGCCACCGCACACUUCCGGCCCGUCUCCCACUAAGCCUACCGGCUCUGGCUCCGGCGGUGGCUCCCCACCCCCGGCUACGACCACCAGCCCCGGACCUGUCGUCACUGCCGGCGCAUCGGUCGAACGCGCCCAUCACGCUGGUGGCGCUCUGGCUGUUAUUGCUGCCCUUGCCGCGCUGCUUUAG